AUGUUCUACUUUACUAUCAUAGGUACCGAUGACAACCCUGUAUAUGAAGCGGAAUUCACUUCGGCCAAGAGCAGUUUCAGACCAGAUAUCAAAGAACUCAAUCCAUACAUAGUACAUUCGGCAUUAGAUAUAAUGGAGUAUCUACAAUGGCAGAGACAGCCGAAUUUAGAAGUUAAUACAAACACAGGAGGGUUUCUCAGGUCAAGACACACGAUGCAAGAGAAUUCGUACUUGGGGAAGAUUGACAGCUUUUAUGGAUUAGUUGUUAGUGGGUUUUUGACAUACGGAAAUAUAAAGUUCAUAAUGGUGCAUGGUAACGGCGUGGUGGACGAUCCAACAACAAAGACGUUCUACUAUGAAGUUUAUGAGUUGUAUUUGAAGACGUUGAUGAAUCCGUUCUAUAAGGUGAACGAUCCAAUAUCAAAUCCAACUUUUGAUUCCAAGGUAAGGGUACUGGCGAAGAAGCUUUUCACAUAG